AGACAUACUACACAAUCUAAUCUAUCCCACUACAUCCUCAAUCACUCUAGCCGCAGCUAAAAUUAGACUCGCCCAGCAGGAGAAAGCGUAAAGGACAACCCGCAGGAUGAAGGUCGUCGCCCUGCUCUCCGGGGGUAAAGAUUCGUGCUUCAACAUGAUGCACUGUAUAGCCAACGGACACGACAUCGUCGCCCUGGCUACAUUGGUACCCGAAGAGGGAAAAGACGAGAUCGACUCGUACAUGUAUCAAAGCGUAGGAACUACCCUUAUCCCGCUCUUAGCCGAGUCCAUGAGGCUACCACUGUACACGCAGGUGAUCAGGGGGAAACCUUUGCGGGUCGGGGGGACUUAUGGGAGUCGGACGACACCGGGGGGUUUUGGUGGUGGUAAAGGGCGGGAAGAGGAACAACAGGAGGAGGAGAAGGAGAAGGAGGGUGGAGAGGGAGAUGAGACGGAAGAUCUGGAGGUCUUGUUGAGGACCGUCAAGUCCCACCACCCAGAGAUCGCCGGCCUCUCCUCCGGAGCCAUCCUCUCCACCUACCAACGCUCCCGAAUAGAACACAUCACCUCCCGUCCACACAUCUCCCUCACCCCGCUCUCCUUUCUAUGGCAACAACCCGAACGCCCCUUAGUCCUCUCCAUGCUCUCUUCGGGGCUCGAACCCGUCUUGGUCAAGGUGGCAGGGAUGGGCCUGGAGGUUGAGGAUGUAGGGAGAAAGUUGGGGGAGGAGAGGGUGAAAGGGAAGUUAAGGAGAUUGGAGAGGGAUUGGGGCUGUCAUUUUGCAGGAGAAGGAGGGGAGUAUGAGACGGUCUGUACGGAUGGGCCGUUGUUCUACGAUCGGGUCGUCUUCGACGAGACGGAGACGAUCAUAACCGACCCUUCCCCCGUCGCCCACCUCCGGGUGAUCAAGGCGCACCUAGAACCUAAAGUCGGGCACGUCGUACCGAAUCAGGAAGAGAUGAGGCGAUUGCUCGGUCUAGAUUCGGAGACUGCGACGACUCAGCGGAAUAAUUUGGAGGGAGAAGACCGAGAAGAGGACGUAGAGAAUGAAGGGGAAGUUGGGGUCGAAGAGGAAACGUUGUUACACGCCAACGUGUUGGAUUGGGAAUCGAGGCAGAUCCUUCGUGCUGUCCGGGAACGUCAAUCGGAAACCUCUUCCGAUCCUUUCGCAACGCCGGCGCUUGAGGGAGAUCUGCAGCGAUUACAAUUUGAUGAGAAGCAGAUGUCUUCAAACGAUGUGGUCGAGCUGAACCGACGGGGAAGGUGGUUCGGAGCGGUCGUCGAACUCACUCAACAGGAGGGGGAAGAGGUUGGGGUGUUGAUGCGGAGACAUUUCGAUGCACUUCGAGACGCCCUGCGGAAGGACUCGCUCGACUUUCCUUUGAUCCAGCAUAUCAACCUCUACCUGGCCCGGAUGUCCGAUUUCCCCCUAGUCAACGCCGAGUAUAUCAAGUACUUUGGCUCGGAACCUCCUACUCGAGCCUGUGUCGGCGUCCACCUCGAUGCUCGGGCAGGGCAGGUAUGUCGGCUCGAAGCUGUUGGGUGGGACGAUAAGCGGGAAGAGAGGACACGGAGGUCCGGGUUGCACGUGCAAGGGUUGAGUUAUUGGGCGCCGGCGAAUAUAGGGCCGUACAGCCAGGGUGUCGUUUCCAACAAUCGGUUGACGAUCGCCGGACAGAUCCCACUACUUCCCCGCACGCUCACGUUUGCGACCCCGCGCGACGUCCUUUUUGACGCAGUGCUCGCCCUGCAACAUGUUCGUCGAAUCAUCGAGGUCAUGGGCGAUUCGAGCAAAGGUGGCGCCGGCUCGAUAGGCCGAGGUUGGAUCGAAGGCGUGGUCGGAUGGUAUGUAGGGGAUGAGGAGGUCGAGCGCGCCAUGCGCGCGGUCUGGGACGAAUUUGCCGAGCGACACGCUUGUCGUAAAACUCCGGUGCUCUUCGUAGCUGCUCGGGAGCUACCCAAAGGAGCUUCAGUCGAGUGGCAAGUCACGCGGCACACCGGCGACUCGAGUUGGCCGGUCAUUCCUCGGAUGCGAGGCAACAAGAUGAGCGGCGACGAGAGUAGCGACGAUGAUGAUGAUGGUGAUGAUGAUACUGCCAGGGUGCAAGUCGCGUAUACAAGAGACGCCGCUAGACAGAGUAGCGAAUCUUACUACGGCGAUGCUUUCUUUUCGAUACACACUUUCCAAGACGAGGUGAUAAAGGCCGCAUCAGGGUUCAAGCUCAAGGAGGAUAUGAAAGCAUCUUUCUCGACGAGGCUGUUUUACCUUCAUCGACUAGGUUCGAAAGCGAGCGAAGUGGCAGCAGCUCUAACAGCUUCAAGCGGAGUUCGUGUCAGUCUCGUACCAGUGGCCCGGAUAACGAAUCAUGCUGGUCAACCGUGCAACAUAGCGUUGGUAAUGACGGGGAGUUCACAUUGAGACAUCUUCCUCUCCGUCCACGAUAUAUAAUGAUACAACGGGUUGCCUCGAGCGCCCAAUCCCACUGCUUGACCUCGACGAUCACCGUUUACGCUCAGCCUUCCACUUCAUGACCUUGCCGUGAUGUACGACCCGGCCAUCAGCGUCAUCGUCGUCCCCGUUAUCAUCCCGCUUGCCUUCCCUGGCCAUCCGCCCCUUUC